AUGGCGCCAUCAGUAUUCACUUCUAGUGAGAAAUCACUGGUGAAGUCUGUAUUCCCAUCUUCGUCGUAUAAAAUCCUUACUGUUACCCCUGCUCGAGUCUAUGCCGCAUAUCCUUCGCCAGAUCGCUGGAAUUAUACAGGUAUCGAAGGAGCGCUAGCACUGGUCCGCGAUUCAUCGAAUUGCUUUUUCUUCAAAGUACUCAAUUUGAAGGAAAAAGGAAAAAUCGUGUGGGAUCAUGAACUCUAUGAAGACUUUUACUUCUACGAAGAUAAAUCGUACUUUCAUACAUUCGCUGGCGACGAAUGCAUGAUAGGUUUCUGCUAUGCCGACGAAUCUGGUGCUGCACAAAUGUACAAAAAAGUGAACCAACGAGCGAAAUAUGCAGUCAAAUCGACAUCUAGUUCUUCUGGUUUUGGAUUUGCAAAGAAGCUCUCGAGCCUCAUGGGAUCUUCUUCCUCCUCUACUGCAGAGGACAAAAAGGCCAAGACAGCCAAAGCUGCUUCACCAGACCCUCAAGAGGGUGAACCCCAGUGGAAUGGCUUGGUUGAUCAGCUGAGCAGUAUGGGCGUAUCAGAGUCUGACAUUAAAAACAACGAAGGGUUUUUGCGUGAUUUACUUGGUAUGAAUGCUCAGGCCUCAAAGCCAACGGCAGAAGCAACACCCUCUUCGGCCUCUACCUUGGCCCCACCGGUAACAAGCUUGCUACCUACCAUGCGCAACGCACCACCUCCUCUACCUCCUACUCAAGCACCCACGUUGGGACCAGCAAUUCCAUCGCGACCUACAAGCGCAUCAGCAACAUCGGCGGCUACACCUUCCCCUCCUCCUGUCGCUCCGCGCCCUCAGAUACCUCCUCCUCCUCCUGCCCGUCCUGGUGGUGCAGCCUCUGGUGUACGCGCUCCUCCGCCUGUACCUAGUCGUGCUUCGGCAAGUGGCCGUGGGCCACCCCCACCCCCGCCAGCACGUCCGAUGACAGCGGCAAGUCCGACUCCUCUUUCGCCCCCGUCAGUCCCUGGUAUGGGCGGCAGCCACGCAAUGACAUCGGCGGUGCCGCCUCCGCCCCCUCCUCCUCCAACCGCACCAGCAGCUUCCUCCAGCGGUGCGCCUGCGCCUCCUCCGCCUCCUCCUCCCCCAGGCCCUGCCCCAGCCUCCGUAUCGGCACCACCUCCACCACCAGUACCCCCUGCCCCAUCUGCUGGAGGAAAUACAGUAAGUGGUUUGCCGCCGCCCCAACCUGGUCGCGAUGCACUGUUGGCAAGCAUUCAAGGUAAAAGCGUAAAAGAUUUGCGUAAGACAGAUUACAGUGCACCACCGCCACGUUCAACGGCAAAUACAGGUACAGGCCAUGCCGACACCUCUAUGGCAGGUGCUCAAAGCAGCGGCAAUGACCUGGCCAGUGCCUUAGCCUCAGCUCUUAACAAACGCAAAGGCAACAUGGGCGGGUCCGAUGAGGAAGAGAGCGAUGAUGAUUGGUAA